AUGGAUGUCAGAGAGGUGGCUUAUGCAUUCAGCUUCCCCUUAGGAUCGAAGAAAAGAAAGGAUCUAUUAGAGGGGCUGCGGAAUAAAGGUGACUAUAAACAUAACUUAGAAGUCCUUAAGAGUGGCCAUGGGGAAAUAGUGACGUGGAAACAACCUUCUUUUGAAGCUUCUGUCGAUAAUUACCUUCCUUGCCAGUACUGCUACGCCAUGUUUGUGAAAAGUGAUCUUUGGAAACAUCAGGGAACUUGCAGAGCUAAAAAAAAGAGCAACAGUAGAGUUCAAAAAGCAUCUUCAAGCCUGCUACCCAUUUCGGAGACCUCGGAGAAUGUCAUUCAUGGAAUGCAAAAAGAUGCUGUGUCCUUUACUGUACGGAAUGAUGCGUUGAUCUGUAAAUAUGGUAAUGUGCUGCUAAAUCGUGGGAAAAAUAAUGCAACUGGUUACAUUUCUCAGAAAAUGAGAGAACUGGGUCGACUCGUUGUGGCAGCAAAGGAAAUUGAUAAGAGUAUUAAAUAUCUUGAAGAUCUGUGCCAUGUAUCCAAGUUUCAGGUGCUGCUGAAGGCAGUUAAAAGGAUCUCUCAGUUUAGCCCAAGCAAGAAUGCAUACAGAAAGGCAUCAACUGCUGUCAAAAUUGGCUUCUCAUUAAAAGGAGUGACUGAUGUGCUUAUUGGCCAGACUCUGGAAAAUUAUGAUGACUUGGCUGAAAGGAAUGCAAAGAAGUUCAAAGAACUUUUAGAACAGAAGUGGAAAGACAGUGUUUCUUUUAAUGCACACAAAACAAUGGAAGAGAACAGGUGGAACAAAGAUGACGGUAUCCCAUUGACUAAAGAUGUCAUGAUCCUCCAAGAGCACCUUAGAAAGGUUGAAGACGAAGCAAAACGGGAGUUGCUAGAUGGCAUCAACAUGUCUGCUUAUAAGGACCUGACUGAGAGCCUUCUGUCACAGGUCAUUGUGUUCAAUAGACGAAGGGAAGGUGAGGCCUCCCGCUUGACCUUAGACAUGUACAUGAACGCAAACAGGACCCCAGUAAAUGGGGAUAUAUUUCAAACACUAACACCGCUUGAGCAAGAACUGAGCAAGACCCUUACCAGAAUAGAAAUCAGAGGAAAGAGAGGUAGAAAAGUGCCAAUUCUCCUACCAGAUAGAACAAAAGCAUCAAUUGAUUUCCUGAUAGAAAAAAGAAAAGAAGCUGGUGUACCUGAUCAGAACCCCUUUGUCUUCGCAAGACCUUCUGCAAUGUCAAACUUUCGUGGCUGUGACUGUCUGAGGAGAUUUUCAGAAGAGAGCAAGGCAGAAAACCCAGGACUCCUUAGAUCAACCAAACUAAGAAAGCAGGUUGCUACACUUUGUCAGCUGCUGAAUCUUGACCAGCAAGAGUUGGAGCAAGGUGCGAGAUUCAUGGGACAUGACAUUAGGGUGCACUGUGAUUUUUACAGACAGAUAAAACACUUCAGCUGUCAAGGAUCAGCAAACUUCUCUUUGCAAUGGAGAAAGGCACGGAGACCAUCAAAGGCCAGAAUCUCAACACUCUUGACUUUUCACUUCCUGGUAGCAGUAUGGCACAAACUGACAGCCCACAGACAGACAGACCAGUAG